AUGUCCGAAAACACCUCGAUCGAUCAAUUAGCGGACGCCGCGGAUCGUAUUUUCUCGCAACUGGAUAAUCAGACAACGCCGGUACACAGUGCUGAAGCGACUGGAGACCACAGGUCCUUGAAAAACAGUCGAGGAAUUGCAGCGCCAACACCUAACAAAUUAAAAUUCGCAAAGAAAGCUUUCGACGACAUGCUACGAGAGGGUGUUAUUCGUCCGUCCGACAGUCCUUACGCUUCCCUCUCCAUUUACUGUGACCACACCACCAGUUUCUUCCUCUUUUUAUUCAGGACUUACGCCUUAAAAUGGCAAACUUAUGCUAUACACCACCGCGGCACUGCCCGAGUGAUAUCUAUCUACCGCACCAGCUCAAGGACUGCGAAUUUGUAUUUGUACGUAAUGACUCUGUUAAGCGGCCUCUUACGCCGGCCUACAGGCCCAUUCCGCGUUCUUAAACGCGCGGACAAAUAUUUCCAAAUACGAAAAAGGUAUUCACACCGACAACGUUUCAAUAGAUCGGUUGAAACCUGCCUUUAUAGAGAAACCGUCGUCUCAUACUACUUCCCAAUCAACUCCGCAAGUUCAGGAGAAUUUUAA